AGAAGCGUUCUUGACCGGGUUCGUGGUUUCCUUCUGCUCUCCCCUGCCUCUCUGCCUCCUGUCUCGUCCCACUUCCCCCCGCCUGCGCCUCUUCGCCUUGCUCUCGUCCGCCAUCCAGCCGCCAUUGUCGCUCGUUCUCGUUGUUCAUCGGUCAUCAGCGGCUCGCUUGUUGUCUGCUUACCCCGUCGUCGGCUUGUUUCGGCAUGGCUCCUCGCACUGCUGCUGUUGCGUUUGGUUAGGGGAUGCUGCAUCUACUUGUGCGUGUUCUUCUUCCUUCUUUCUGAGAUGUCGGGCCAGAGGAUGAGCCUUCUCUCCCAAAUCAAUGACAGAGAGAUGUUCUGGAAUGCUAAGGUUCUGGUGUCCCGCAUCUGGCACUACCGAGGUGGGACCGAUGAAGGUGCCAUUAUGCAUACUGACAUUGUGGUGCUUGACAAAGAGGGAACCCACAUGUAUGGCCGGAUCCCUACUGAGCCAGCUAUCCGCCUGCAAGAUGUCUUGCGGGAAGGCAGUGUUUAUCUAAUGAAGAGGUUCAUGUGCAAACCAUCAAAGCCCACUUACAGGGCUGUUGACAGCCCAUUUAUGAUGCAGUUCACUCGCUUUACUACUGUUGAUCCUGUGGUGGAUGAUGAAGAAGAUUUCCCAUACUGCACUUACAGCCUUAUGUCCUUCUCGGAUAUCCCAAUACCAGGCCCACACACUCCUCACUUUAUCGAUGUGAUUGGCCGAAUUAUUGUUGUCACACACAUUGUUGUUGUACACUCACAGCAUCAAGCUGGUCCUUCAGAUACCAGGACUCUGGUUCUCCAGGAUCAAAUCGGAAAUGAAAUCAGCCUUGUUCUCUGGGGUGCUCGAGCCCAUGAGUUCGAGGCAGAAGAGGUCCGUGCUGCAAGUGAAUCCACAGCUGUCAUUGCUAUCUUUGUAGGAACACUGCCAAAAGCAUACCGAGGUAUUAAAGGCCUGAGUGGUAGCUCUGCAUGCCGCUGGUACAUUGAUGAGGACCUGCCAGAGAUGAAUGCCUUUUGUGCUAGCCUUGCAGAAGGGCUUCCUGCCGUCACUGCUCACAUCCCAGGAGAACAAGCGAUUGUUCCAGCACCUGUUCGCGAACCUCCCGUUGAACUGAGUGUUCAGGAGCUGCUUGCCCUUGACCCAUUUGACAACUUGAAGAAACAGUUUAUCGUCAAGGUUACUAUCACAGGCUUGGGCUCUGACAACCGCUGGUGGUUCCUCUCAUGCCGGAAAUGCCAUAAAACAGCCUACACCUCCGGAAGGCAGUACCGUUGCUCAGACUAUGGCUGUUCUUCUAUCAUAGCAGAUCCUUCAUACUGCGUGUGCACUUUCGGAAGCGAUGGCGCAAAUGAAGCAGAAUUUAUGUUCUUUGAUAGGGCUGCAAAACAAGUUAUUGGCAAGCCACUCAUGACUUUGAUUCACCGCAAGUACCCAGGUUUUACAAGUGCGCUUGAUCUUGCUCAGAUAGGAGGUUCUGAUGUAGGUUUGCCUGUUGAAAUUUCCCGCCUUGUUACCCAGAAGUAUAGGCUGGUCGUUUCUAUCUCCAACAAGAGUUUUCAGCCUGCAAGCACCCAGCUGUCCUUCCAAGUUGGUAGAAUUGAUGAAACCUUUAAGCCUGACCUUGUACCCUUUGCAUCUACUAGUGCAUCAUCUGCCUCUGGAGCAUCGUCUUCUGCUGAGGGCUCAGACAUGACAGUGCCCAUUCCCACCUCUUUCUCUAUAGGAUCGUCUACACUCGUUGUGCUACCUCUCGAUGAGAUGAACACUCCUAUAUCUGCAUUCAAAGGAAAAGGACAUGCUAUUGUGUCUAAAACACCCAGCCGGUCCCCAUGCCCAAAAAGUGCUCGCCGCAAGCUUUUUAUUGGUCCCCCUAAGUCUAAGGGCACUGACCUACCUGCCUCCGUUAGCAACGUUACUGCCCAGGCUGGAAAGGUUGUCGCAGUUACCCAAACUGAAGAGAUUGCCGCCGCUGGAAAUGUUGUUCAGCCUACACCCAUGCCAACUGUUGGACAGGAGACUGAAACCACAACUGCUGAGGAUCCAAAGAUCAUCAUUCCUGACCCCUCUAAGGCCAAGAGGACAAACAACCCUAGCAAGGGUGUUGGCGUCCCAAAGUUCUUUCAUGGAGUGGUCGUUCCAUGUUGUAAUCUAAAUAUGUACAUACAGGUUUCUUCUAUGUUCUGCUUGCUUAUCAAGUAAAGUCUACGAUGGACAGAUGUCGUGCUGAACAGACCUUCUCAACUGUACUGCAUCACAGCAGCGGUUUGGCCAUCGGGUUUGAAGAUCGUCGACUCAGUGCGCUUUUGGGCAUGCACUGGAUUUACUUUUGUGCGGCUUUAUAAGACAGGGCUUUGACACCUAUAGAAUUGUGUCAAACCACUGUCAUGGCAACUCCUUUAUUUACGUCCUCGAACAAAGCAUCAUGCGUUGUAAAUAUCGCCGUUAGCUCUUCCUGUCUGAACUCCUUGUGACAACUAUCCACUGUAAAUACCGCUGGAUCAUGCUGCUUGCUCUAAGUCCUCUUGUUGUUCUUA